ACAAUCGGGAAUGUUUCCAAUAGCCAAUAGUGAACAGAAAAAAAAGGGUUAUAGCUCGAGGUAACUCCGCCCUGAACUCACUAUAGAACCAGCGGGAAUACUCGAGUCGUGAUCGGCUGAUAUUGACAGUAGUUGACCGACGUUACUACACAAGUCUGGGCACCAUGUCGGACAGGAAGGCAGUCAUCAAGAACGCGGACAUGUCGGAGGACAUGCAGCAGGAGGCGGUGGAGUGCGCCACGCAGGCGCUGGAGAAGUACAACAUCGAGAAGGACAUCGCCGCGUACAUCAAGAAGGAGUUUGACAAGAAGUACAAUCCCACCUGGCACUGCAUUGUGGGUAGAAAUUUUGGCAGCUACGUGACCCACGAGACCAAGCAUUUCAUCUACUUCUACCUGGGCCAGGUGGCCAUCCUCCUGUUCAAGUCUGGGUGAAGAGAGCAUGCGCACGCUCUCCAUCACAGCAAGCCUUGCAGUUCAACUGACCAGUAAUAAGACUGACUCAGCACACGUCCACAGUCUGGUGCAGGGACCUGUAUGUUCUGUGCUGCUCUCCACUGUAGUUCCUGUAUGGUAGAAACAGUCCUGUAAAAACUUACUUGUAUUUAUUUUUGUUGAUUUUCUACACAGCCGAUAUAACCUGUCACUCAUAAAAUUCCUGUUUUUAAAAAAAAAAAGAAUACAAAGCAAAAGUGUCGUUUCAGUUUAAUUUCAUGUUGCAUUUAAAGUAUAUUUUUAGAAAUGAUAAUAUACCUUCAAGUACGUGUCCUUUGAUGCAGUUUGAAAACAUAGGAAGUGAUGAGUUAUAGGUGAAGAUGUCUGCGAGUUGAACUGUAAUGAUGUCCUGGAAGAAGGGGUGAUGGGUUUUCAUGAAGGGCCUUCUGGGGGGGGGGGGGGGGCUCUGAAGCACAUGUUGGGUUUGGGCUUUGCUGGUGUAUAGCAUGUUUAAAUAUUGGUGAAUAUCUGCUUACUGAUUUUGAGGAGAAUUUAAAGUUCAGCUUGUCCUGUUUUGGUGCAUGGAAUCUAGGAUGGAGCAGUUUUACUUCUCUGGGCUCAGCAUGAAUAGCACGGGCGAUUUCUAAAGUUUUAGUAAUGUGCCAGUAGUCCGUUGGUCUGCGUGCUGAAAGGCAGUCUGUUGUCCGUUUGCCUUUAAUGUGAGUAUUUCCCUUUCUUCCCUAGUCUGAGACGUCUCGCAUUUCAGGAAACCCAAGCUUUCAUUGAGUGCUCGGUUAGUUCUGAGAUCUCUGGAGAAUAGACUGUACAAAUAAAGUAGAGCGUUGUGAAUAAAGAUGCUGUAGUUUUCCUUGAGAAAUCUGUGGGCUCCCUCCUGCAGAGAACUCUUCUUCUCUGAAAGGUGCAUCUCAGAGGCGCUGUUUGGUAUUGAGCCUGGGAGGACCUGGAUUGACCUGCAGACUGCCAUUAAAGAGCCAACAUCCCAAAACCCUGAGUAACGGCAGUCUGAGGUGCAGGUGUACCUUCAGGCAUGCUUUGUGCAGGACGUUUCAAAUUUAGCAAUGAACGGCUGUGUCUUGAUUUUUUUUUUUUUUGUAGUUUGUUGCCCAUUUCUGUCUUGGUUGCCUUCAUUUCCACAAUGCACUGUUUUUUGUGUGGUAUCCAUUUUAACCUUUGCACAAUAGAAUUUAGCAGUACUGAUGUUACAUAGCAUUUACUCUGAGAAAAUGGUUGAGGAAACAAUAUUUUUCUGUCUUGAGUGAACUUGAGGUCUAUUAAAAAUGUGUACCUGUAUUCAGUGGAUGCUUAAGGGGAGAAGACCGUUCAGCCCAGAUACCCUUUCUGUCAACACUGAAGAGCCCCACUUUAAACAUAUCUGAACUGCAUGCAAUAUAUUCCUCAUAUAAAGCCACUUGUAUUCAAAGAGCAUUGUGGUCCAAUUGUCCAGGUACCAAAUGGAAUUAUAUUUCCAGAACUAAAAUGAACUAAAUUUGGACUACCAAAAAAAUGUUAAGAGCUACGGCCAUUUAAUAUGUUGGUUUUCACCUUCUUUCUCAUUUCUAACUUAUGUAAAUAUUUUGGCCCACAACAAAUAAAAUGUACAGCACCCUACCCCAAACAACCAAGACCAGGAAUAACGACCCCUUUCCUCUUUUGUAGAGAGGUUUCAGAACAUUUUGUUGAAGCAGCAGUUGAAAUUAAAUCAAAAGCAAGACGCCCUAUUUCAACUUUUCAGCUAUGUCUUGAAUAUUGUGAUUGUGGCUUCAGAAUUGUUGAGAGAAAAAUACAUUUGUUAUGCAUACACAGUAUUUUCAAACUCAGAAGAUUCCUCCAUUCCCUUAAAUAAAAAGAGGAGUUCUAUCCCA